AUGUCGACCAGUCGGACAACAACCAUAUACAAGCUGAAUUUCGAUUCUACAGUGCCGUCCAUAUCACUAAUGAGGAAGCUGAACAUCUGUGGUACUCAGCUGUUGUUCACAUCAUCGUCGUUAUUUAUUGCGACCGGGAGCUUUAAAAUAUGUGUUUUACGAUUUGAUGAUCACACGAUUGAAGAGAAUCCAGAAGUAAUCACCGAAAGAGAAAACGCAGGAGAAAUAGUUCGAUUGCACAGCAACAUGAAUGAAACGUCUUUUGUUAUGCUUACAACUCGAAAUGAAUUAUUUAUCCUAGAUCUUGAUGAAAAGUGUUCUUCCGGGUAG